UGUGUCUCAAUAAGCUUGUUAACAUUUGUAUUUAGAGCUUUUACCUCAUAACUGUGAAUUUUGGUGCUCAUUUGAGAAGUACAAAAAACUUGCCAUGCUUUGGGCGAAGGGCAUCUUACUUUUCACAAUGGCUGUGACAAUGCUGAGCUCUUUAAGAGCUGAUCCUGAGGCCUUUUCUGAAACAGGUGCUAUUUCUGGAGCAAUUUCUAAAACCACAAUCCAUUUUGGCAAACUUCUAAUUGGUGGUCAAGGUACAGCAUCAGAUAGUGAAAUAAAAACAUCUGAUCUGAUGUCAACAGAUUCUGAUGAGUACCAGUCAAAUGAAGAAGCACAGUUUCGGCUUGCUAAAGCUAAGCUGCGACGACUUGGUCCCUCUGUGCACUGUAGCAAUGAUUCCAUGACCUUGCACAUUCCAGGGCCAAGAACCCCACACUUCCUGGUUGAUCGAGGAGAUGAGUCGCCAGUCCCUUUGUCUCAGAUGCCAGCCAGCUGUGGUUUUUCACUGAAGCGGGCACGCAGAGAUGUCUCUCUUGUUGCUCCAUACCAGGGAUGUCAUGUCCAACAACAGGGUGGAAGUUAUAUUCUGCCACUCCUUAUAAUGGGAGCUCCAGUGCAAAUGUCCUGCCCCAUGAGUUCUCGCCUCCCUACAGUGUCCUGCUUCUCCUCUGGCAUGACCAUCUCACUUGGCGUCAGAGCAGAUGAUGUUAAAAUUAAAGUGGAUGGGUCAUGGCAGCCUCUUCUUCUAACAUACUCUAAAUGCUCGUUCACACUGGAGACUACUGGUGGUUCACUGGUUGUCACGGCACCGUUCACAGGAAGCUGUUGGGAAGUGAAGGAUACCGAAAGGCACCUUCCUUUGAUGUAUGGUGACCGGGAAGUGACUCUUUCCUGUCCUCUGACACUGCCAGCUCCUACAACUAUUGCUCCUACUGCUGCCCCAACUAUACCCCCAACUCUACCUGGUUAUGAUCCAAUUGGCAUGCCAAACAUGUUUUACCCUUUCCCAUUUGGAAGACCCUGGUGGCAGCAACCAUAUUUUCCUGGCUACCCUGGUGUACAACCUGUACCUGCUACCCAGCCCCCUACUACUACUACGACAACGACGACUACGCCUCCGCCUCAAGAUCCUGUCCCACAAAUGUUCCCUCACAUGCAUCACAUGCCAAUGUUUGAUCCUUAUUACUUCUCCCCGCCUGGUGCCCUGGCCCCACAACAACCUUAUCCUUGGUACCCAAUGUUUCCUCAUAUGUACGGCUUCCAGAGUCCAGCUGAACCAACCACUGCUGCAACAACCACAACUACACCUCCCACGACCACCACUGCUGCCCAGUUUGAGCAGCAGGCAGCAUAUCCCAUGUUUCCAAUGUUUUAUGGUUCUCAACCCAUCAAGUCAUAUGAGCCUCCAGCUGUUAAAUACCCCUUCAUGCCCAGUUAUCCUCAGUAUCCAGUCUUUGGUCCCCGUAGCCCUAAAUCAAUGUCUUCUCCUGCUCAGUUAUCCUCCAUCCACAGGUCUCGUAGACACCAGCUUGAAGUGAGAUGA